GUGAAACAUGGAGCUUGUACUCGCAUACAGUAGCAAUGCAUUGAAUAGAGGAUCGACUGGGAGUGAGUGCCUCGUUACAGUAUUGCUUUCCUCUUCUCUCCCACACACUUAUAUCCAUCCUUCCCUUCCCUCUUUUGUUACGCGCUUGGUCCUCUCCCUUUUAUUUGCCUACUAACCACUCCAACCGUAACAAGUAAACACACACUAUCCGUAUACGCUGGGCGGUCUGGCAGCUGGCUCCCUCCUACAAGCCCCUAGGUCCUAGUCCCUGGUCUCGACCCUUCUCUCUCGGAAAUUUGAGAGGACUAUACCUGAACUGUCCCGUACUGCACUGAAGUGAACAUACAAAAGGCAGCCGACAUGCCUCGAGAUCGCUCCUCUUCACGCUCCCAUCGACAUCGCUCAUACAACCCUCCCGACAUGCGACAAGUCUCAUCCGACGACCGUACUCUCCCGGUUCCAAACACAUAUAGCGAACACAAGAGAGGAGAGAAAAGAAGCCACGGCAACAGCAAAAUGUCUCGACAUAUCAAGCCUGCGGGCGAGAGUGGUCGAAAGGGCUUCCAUCCUAUUCACUUUUCCAAGAUCUCGUUCAGAUCAACCAGUCGAGCUAGUUUGCUUUGCAACUUUCUCUGGCCUUUCGUUCCUGCUGCCAUUGCUGUUCGCUAUGCUAUGCCCGAUAAUCAUAUCACCAUUUUCGCGCUGGCCUAUAUCGCCAUGGUUCCGUGUGCCAAUUUGAUCGGCUUUGCUGGUCAGGAGCUGUCACGAAAGCUGCCUCAUGUCUUGGGUGUCCUUCUCGAGAUCACCAUUGGCUCUAUCGUCGAAAUCAUUCUUUUCAUGGUUCUUCUUUCCAAGGAUAUGUUUUUCGUUAUCAAGGCUGCCAUCAUGGGUUCAAUUCUUGCUACCAUGCUCCUAUGCCUCGGUGCUUGCUUUUUCGUUGGUGGCAUGUUGAAAGAAGAACAGGAAUUCAAUGAGGCUAUCAGCGAAGCUGGAAGCGGACUACUUUUAACUGCUGGUGUUGUUCUGGCCCUUCCUACUGUCUUCGAGUACGGUGUUGGCAAUGGCGAGUCACUUACCGCCGCAAACCUCGACCACAAGACACUCCAAAUCUCGCGCGUCAUCUCAGUUCUUCUGAUCAUCGCGUAUCUUGUAUAUGUCUUUUAUCAGGCUCGAACUCACCAUGGUAUUUACGCUGCUGUAUUCGAACAGGAUGAACACAACGAUCGAGACAAGCACAAGGACCAAGCCAAGGCCAAGCUUACUUUGACUGAGUGCAUCAUCGCUUUGGUCAUCUCCGUGGGCCUUGUUGCAUGGACGGCGGUUAUUCUCGUCAUGCAGAUCGAAUAUGUCAUCGAAAGGGGUGAUGUCAGCGACGCAUUCAUGGGUCUCAUCCUUGUUCCACUUGUUGAGAAGCUUGCGGAGCACUUGACCGCCAUCGAUGAGGCCUGGGAUAACCAGAUUAAUUUGGCAAUGUCUCACGUACUCGGUGCGACUUUACAAACUGCUCUCUUUAACGCCCCUCUUGCCGUCGUUGUCAGCUGGGGCCUCAACAAGGGUCUUGAUCUCAACUUUGCAGUUUUCGACCUCGUCAUGCUCAUCCUCGCUAUUCUCACCGUUGGUCGAUUCCUCCAGGAUCAGAAGAGUAACUACCUGGAAGGCUUUCUGCUCAUCAUUCUUUACGUCGCUAUUGCUGUUGCGGCCUUCUACUAUCCAAACCCGACUGGCCAUGGAUCCGAGGGGGCUGCUGAAGGUAGUUCCGAGGGUGGACAUUGAUAGAAUCCUCACCGGUUCGCUUCGAGUCUACCGGUUCUGUUUUUAACCUAUUACGAUGUUAUGACCAGGAGUCACUUUCCAGUUUGAUGUUGCUCAGGGAUAGCAUGCCUGUAUAGAUACACAGAGUUGGGUCGUUGGAGCAUGUAUAGCAUA